CCCCCUCCUCUCCCCGUCCCCGCUCAGGUUCGGUUCCCGCUGCGCUCGGAUAUUCCGCCUGUUGCUGCGGAAGCAGCACCUGGAGCAGAAGCAGGUGGAGGACUUCGCCAUGAUCCCGGCCAAGGAGGCCAAGGAGAUGCUCUACAGAAUGCUGUCCGAGAACUUCGUGUCGCUGCAGGAGAUCCCCCGCACCCCCGACCACGCUCCGUCCCGCACCUUCUACCUCUACGCCGUCAAUGUGCCGUCGUGCGCGCGGAUGCUGCUGCAGCGCUGCUAUAAGAGUGUGGCCAACCUGAUGGAGCGGCGGCAGCACGAGACCAGGGAGAACAAGCGGCUGCUGGAGAAGUCGCAGCGCGUGGAGGCCAUCCUGGGCUCCAUGUUGGCCACCGGCGCUGAGCGCGCGCAGCUGCAGGAGGUGGAGGAGAUGAUCACAGCGCCCGAACGGCUGCAGCUCGACGGCCUCAAACGGAGCGUCAAUAAGAUCGACGCCAGUGAGAACCAGGUGGAUGAGACCAUCUUCGUGCUCGAGUCGUUCAUUGAGAGCACCGUGAGGAGGCCGUGAGCGGAGAUGUGGGGCGGAGAUGUGGGGCGGAGCCGCCCGCGGCAGCGAUGUGGGGCGGCGCUGCGGAUGGGGCCGUCUGCGCCAUCGGUGGGGGCAAUAAAGGGCAGCCCCUUUUUGGGGGGGGGGGAAUGCCCCCACGUGCCGCU